GCCCCGAGUCUACAACACCGUCAUCGGAUGGAGCUGGUAAAGCCAAGAUCAUCCGAUCCGUCUUUUGGCUACUGUCGCAGACAUUAUGGAUACGAGCAUCGACGACAUCUGGGCCAAGAUCUACGACAUGGGAAAGCAUCUUGACAUCUUUCAUCGGGAGAGAUCAUCAUCAUCAUCUUAUCAGCCCAUCUUGACCACCAUCAUCAACUUUUGUUAUCAUCUCAACCCACAUCUCGAUCAUCGCCAUCAUCUUGCAUACCCUUGAUGGCGGACGGGUAUAUCCGAGUCAGAGGCACGAGCUGGGCAGGCAAUAUCCGAACGGAUUCACCCUUUUAUUAUUCACCUCAGCGAAGAUGGAUAAUAUCAUUAACAACAUCAUCACCAUCAACAGCGCUAUCAACAGCGUCAAGGCGCGCCUCACCCGCCUCUGGCCCGGCGGGGCCAAUAUGGUCCUGGUCGCGGGCUACCAUCUUGGCCAUCAUCUGUUGUUGGCUUCUUGUGCUCUCCCCCGUGCCGGAAAACCGGGCCCUGGCUCGCUCGGUCGUUCUCGGGCUGGAAUCGGCCUUGUCGACGUUGCUGUGGACGAUGCACU